AUGCGCCGGGGACCUGCUGCCGCGGGCGCGCAGCCGCCCCGCCCGCCGCGCCUCGGGCGGCCUGCCCAACGGCGGCCCCAGGGCGGUGGGGACGGCAUGGAGCGGCUGCAGCUGGAUGAGGUGGCCCUGGCGGAGUACUGGGAGUACCGGCGAUUUUACUUACCGUCUUCAGUUGUCUCCAUAAAUGCAGAAUUUGGAUGCUGCUCCAGAGUUCCAGCUAUUUGGUGACUUUGAAUUUGAACAUAAUGAUAGCUUAAACAAAUGGGUCUGUCUGAGAAUUGUAGGUGAUGAUGAUGGAGGAAAGCUCUUUACCCCUGAGGAAUAUGAGGAGUACAAAAGAAAAGUAUUACCAAUUCGGUUACAGAACAGGUUGUAUGUGAGCUGGAGAUCACCAACUGGUAUGGACUGUAAGCUUGUGGGACCAGAGACGCUGUGCUUUUGUACUCACCGGUAUAAACAACACAAAACGGACUAUGAAGUGAUUCCCAAAGAUCGUCCUAUUUGUGUGCCUUGUAGAGUGAGCCGUUGUCCGUGCCAGUCCUAUCACUAUGUCCCUCUAAAUGGCACACAGCCCAUCCGUUGUAGGUGCAAACACUUUGCUGAUCAGCACAGUGCAGCGCCUGGAUUUUCGUGUAACUCUUGUUCCAAGUGUUCGGGCUUUCAUAGUUGCUUUACCUGUGCAUGUGGGCAGCCAACAUAUGCUCAUGAAACAGUAGUGGAAACUAAACAAGAGCGCUUAGCCCAAGGAAAGCCUGUGGGGGAGGAUGUUCCUUAUGCUGCUAUGGGAGGACUGACUGGUUUUAGUUCACUAGCAGCAGGCUACAUGAGACUCGAUGACAGCGGAAUAGGGGCUCCUUCUGAUGAACUUUUAGAAUCCCCUGUUAGCAGCAUGGAUCAUCCAUUUCUAAAAGCGUUUCAGGCACCUUCUAGUUCUGCUCAAACCAUCUCACAGAUAGCAGGUGGUUCUAGUGCUACAAGGCAAGUUUCUCAUGGAAGGCAUUCAGAAGAUGAUGACAUGGCUUACUUUGAAAAACGUUUUCAAGAACGGCUGAAAAAGGAGAAGGCUGCUAAACGGAAAGAGAAAAGUCCAGUACCAUCAAAGAAGCCAUGAAAUUAAUAAAGAAAUAGUUAGUAUAUGGCACAGUGUUAAUCAUUGUAUUAGAGAGUAUUUUUUGCUGUGAAUACCCGCAUACUUGUAUUUCUUCAUUUCUUUAUUCUGCUGUUUUGGUCUGUUGCUGAAAUUAAUUUUUAAUUAUCUUGUUGUAAUAAAAUUGGUACUUUAAUCAAUGCGUUUCUAAUCUCCAGAAUUGUUACAUAGAUAUUCCUUUGAGAAUGGAAAAUGAUAUUUAGAGAUUUACAGUGCUGUUAUUCAAGAUCUGAGAGAAUAAGCAUGUAUUUAAGUAUUACAUUGUAGUAGGGCAAAGAAAAUCUGUGUCCCAUUCUUAGACUUUUAUGACACACUUUCUUUAUUUGUAGAGUCCUUGGAACUCAUCUUGUUCAUGGAUUUUUACUUGGCGGAAUUUAUUCUGCUAAUAUUGAUAUUUUAAUCUUUUCUUUAAAUCUUCUUUUUUUCUUUCUGUUGGUUUCACCGCCUUUACCUAAGAUUCAAACAUACCCUCCUUCUCUCACACUUCUCUAGGCUCUAUUCUUGGCAAUGUAUAAAUACUUUUUUACAUGUGAGGUUCUGUAAGCCCAUGUCCACACAUACGCAGUAGCUACUUGAAGGUAUCCUGCUUGUAUACGUUAUGACAGAUUUCUCUAGCAGAGGAGAAUCCUCCUGAUUCUGUUUGUUUGAUAUGGUCCAUAAUGAUUCUAUUACAUUAAACUUCUGAAAACAUUAAGUGGAAAUGGUUAUGCUAUUUAUUGCAUGUAAACAAAUAUUUAUAUAGUGUUUGAUAUAGGCUUAUUUAUUCAACAGAUACUCUUUCAUCACGUGUAAUCCAACACAGACUGAGUCCCUCAAGAAGGGAGAUGUGCUUUUGUAUUGUAUGUCCAUAUUCACAGCUGUGGCAGCAUAUAUUGUGCUAAAGGUAGGGGACAGGAAAAUUUAAAAUUUCUUAACUUUUUGUGGUGGUUUAAAUCUGCCAAGCAGCACAGCAAGAACUUGGUACAGAAUAGCUGUCAGAGGCUGCAGUUUGGGAGGCAAAAGCAGAGCCUGACCUAACUUUGUGUUAGUGUCCUUUGAAAACAGAGAGGUGUAUGUCAGUUUGUCCUUAAAAAUACUUGAAGGUGUCUCUUGGACGGAAGACUUCAGGUAGUAUGUAUGUACUGAGACUUCAUAGCAAGAGUUGGGAGAAGCUGACAAAACUGUGAUUCCCACCAGAGACAAUGCCUCUGUGCGCCUUCAUGUGGCUGACUGGCAGAGGGAAAGAGGUGAGGUUGAAGGCGUUUGGUGCCGGGCAACUUGCAUUUUCGUUCAGAUAUCAGCUGUGGGAGGGAAGGAGAGUUCUUGGGAAGGCAUGCAGGUCGUACAGUGACUGAUGGAGGCAGUGGAAUCCAAGUGAGAAGGGAAUGAAAGGCUCAAUUGCCUAAAUUCAAAGAUUAAAAAAGGCCAUUUACCUUAACUCUGAGCUAUACUGCCAUUACUACAGAUGCCAAUCAGAGAGGUCAAUCUGUUAGUUUAAUUUAAAUGCAUAAUAUAUCAAAGUGUCUAAUGAAUAUUUUAAAAGUACAUUUAGCUUUAAAUUCUACACUGUAACAUACUGCUUUAACUUAAAAAAUAAAAAUAUUAAUUUGAGCUCCCUCUUCUGGUCCUUAUAAGCAAUCAUUUCUACAGAUGCUCAAGUCUCAUAAGUAAAUGGGGAUUUCACAAUAGAAUUACAAGAAACAAACAAAUGUAAA